ACAACAGUGCUCGCGUUCAGCUGCGCCCAUAGAGGAUCGAGCGAACAGAAACAAUACCGUUCCCUGCCAAAAAACUGGAUAUCUCACAACGGGAGCCAUAAUUAAUCCAUUCUGGAUGUACAGAAGCCACUCUGUCUCUGUAUGGAAAAAUCGCUUACUUGUGAAAACAUUGGUGCUUCUGUAGUGAACCGCAGACUACUUUUGGGGACAGUAUGUUCAACUUAAUGAAAAAAGACAAGGAGAAGGAUGGCGUUAGGAAGGAGAAAAAAGACAAGAGAGACCGGAGGGAACGGAUGUCAGCAGCUGAGCUCCGAAGCCUUGAUGAGAUGAGCAUGAGACGGGGUUUCUUCAACCUCAACCGGAGCUCCAAACGGGACUCCAAGAACAAGUUGGAGAUCUCGAACCCGAUCCCUAUUAAAGUCGCCAGCAGCACUGAGCUCAACCUGACUGACAUUGAGUCGGAUGGCCUCAGUAACCGCAGCAGCAUGGUCCUGGAUGCAGAUCAGCUCAGCGCAGCCAGUUCCAGUGACGAUCUGAAGGGCGAUUACGGCCAAGAUGGACACCGGAGCUCUGUCAAGGAGCGGGCGGCCAGGUUCGGCUCCCUCGCCAUGCAGAACUCGCAAAUGGGUUCCAUCAUGAAGCGCUUCUCCUUUUCUCAGAGGAAUAAAGAUGAAAGUCCAUCCGAAGGUUCCACACCUUCUGGGCAGAACUCGGCUGCCCCGUCUCCACAGGUUGAAACCAAGAUCUUUGACCCCCAACGUAAGCCAAGUCUUCAGCAUCAUCAGCAACAGCCUUCUACUGGGAAAAAAGUGCAGGUUCCUGAGAUUGUGGAUAAGACGUUUCCAGCGGACCUCCGCUUGCCUGCUGUAGUGCCCCCGCAGACGCCCGAAGUUCGGGAGCUGGUUCUCCAGAGGCGGAGCACUGGAGAUUUCGGGUUCUCCUUGCGACGCACCACCAUGUUGGACCGUGGCACGGAUGGAGGGGUAUAUCGCCGAGUGGUCCACUUUGCGGAACCAGGUGCCGGCACCAAGGACCUGGCUCUUGGUUUGGUCCCCGGAGACAGGCUGGUGGAGAUCAACGGGCGAAAUGUGGAGAACAAGAACAGGGAUGAGAUCGUGGAGAUGAUUCGGCAGUCAGGCGACACGGUUCGGUUGAAAGUUCAGCCCAUCCUGGAGCUAAGCGAGCUGAGCCGAUGCUGGCUGAGGAACACCGAAGGGCUGCGGCGGGAAGCAUUUGACGUGAAAACAGAGGAGCAGAUAGCUGCAGAGCAAGCAUGGUACGGCUCCGAGAAAGUGUGGCUGGUCCACAAGGAUGGAUUCUCUCUGGCCACUGUGGUGAAGACUGAGACUGGCAGUCUACCAGAGGGGAAAGUGAAAAUCAAACUGGAGCAUGAUGGGACAGUACUGGACGUGGACGAGGAUGACAUAGAGAAGGCGAACCCGCCAUCAUUUGACCGCUGUGAGGACUUGGCAGCUCUGCUCUACCUGAAUGAGUCCAGUGUUAUGCAUUCCCUGCGCCAGCGCUAUGGAGGAAACCUCAUCCACACAUACGCGGGGCCCAACAUGGUAAUCAUCAACCCUACCAGCGCCCCCUCCAUGUACUCAGAGAAGGUGAUGCACAUGUUCAAAGGCUGCCGACGAGAAGACACGGCCCCUCAUAUAUAUGCAGUGGCUCAAUCUGCCUACCGAAACCUUUUGACAACACGACAGGACCAGUCCAUCGUGCUGCUGGGAAAGAGCGGCAGUGGCAAGACCACAAACUGCCAGCAUUUAGUUCAGUAUCUGGUGUCCAUCGCCGGCAGCACUGGAAAGAUCUUUACUGCUGAGAAAUGGCAAGCGGUCUACACAAUCUUAGAGGCCUUUGGAAACAGUGCCACCUCCAUGAACAAUAACGCAAGCCGCUUCUCCCAGAUCGUCUCGCUGGAUUUUGACCAGGCUGGUCAGGUGGCCUCUGCCUCUAUCCAGACCAUGCUGCUGGAGAAGCUGAGGGUGGUGAAACGACCAGAGACGGAGUCCACUUUUAAUGUUUUUUAUUACAUGAUGGCUGGAGCAGACAGCACACUCAGAACGGAGUUGCAUUUUAACCACUUUGCAGAGAACAGUGCUUUUGGGAUUGUGCCUCAAACUAAGUCUGAGGACAAGCAAAAGGCAUCACAACAGUUCACUAAACUGCAGGCAGCUAUGAAGGUGCUGGGCAUCUCUUCUGAUGAACAGAAAGCUCUGUGGCUCAUCCUUGGGGCCAUAUACCACCUUGGAGCUGCGGGGGCCACAAAAGAGGCUGAUGAAGCGGGCCGGAAGCAAUUUGCACGUCAUGAGUGGGCCCAGAAGGCAGCUUACCUCUUGGGUUGCACCCUAGAAGAGCUCUCGUCUGCUAUCUUCAAACACCAGCCCAAAGGAACCUUACAGAGAUCCACCUCAUUCCGCCAGGGACCAGAUGAUGUUGGGACAGGAGACAACUCGGCUCCAAAGAUCACAGCUCUGGAGUGUCUGGAGGCCAUGGCUGCUGGACUCUACUCUGAGCUCUUUACUCUGGUCAUCUCACUUGUUAACCGAGCGCUGAAGUCGAGUCAGCAUUCCCUGUGCUCUCUGCUUAUUGUGGACACACCAGGAUUCCAGAACCCAAAGUUAGCCAAGCGGGACCGUGGCGCCACCUUUGAAGAGCUGUGCCACAACUACACCCAAGAACGUCUCCAAACGCUUUUCCACGAACGCACCUUUGUACAGGAGCUAGAGCGCUACAAGGAGGAAAACAUAGAGCUUGCAUUAGAUGACAUAGAGUCCAGUACAUCACUGUCUGUAUCAGCUAUAGACCAAGCCUCCACUCAAGCAUUGGUACGGACCUUGGCCAGGACAGAUGAGGCGAGGGGCCUGCUGUGGCUGAUGGAGGAAGAAGCUCUGCAGCCCGGAGGCUCAGAGGAAACCCUGCUGGAGAGACUCUUCAGUUAUUACAGCCCUGUGGACGGAGAGAGCAAAGGCCCUGCCCUGCUGCUGAAGAGUGAGAAGGCACAUCACUUUCUGUUGGGUCACAGCCAUGGGACUGACUGGGUGGAGUAUGAUGCUCGGGGCUGGUUGAGCCAUGCCAAACAGAAUCCUGCCUCUCAGAAUGCGGCCAUAUUACUGCAGGACUCUCAGAAGAAGAAUAUCAGCUGCUUGUUUAUGGGGCGUUCAGGGGGAGCCACAGUUUUGUCAGGCUCUAUUGCUGGGCUUGAGGGCGGAUCACAGCUGGCCCUGCGCAGGGCAACAAGCAUGAGAAAGACCUUCACCACUGGUGUGGCCGCUGUUAAAAAGAAGUCCCUCUGCAUCCAGAUUAAACUGCAAGUGGAUGCACUGAUAGACACAGUGAGGCGGUCCAGGGUGCACUUCGUGCACUGUCUGCUGCCUAAAGCAGAGAUUUCAGCUGGGGAUUUGAAGGUACUGGGAGGACCCUCGUCUCGCUCUGGGGAGAUAGACGCACAUGGAGAAAGCUGUGAAAAUGGCCUCAUGCAGCUGGAUGUGUGCUUGCUCCGGGCGCAGCUCCGUGGCUCCAAACUGCUCGACGCCCUCCGUAUCUACCGCCAAGGUUAUCCCGAUCAUUUGGUCUUUUCGGAGUUCCGUCGCCGCUUUGAUGUGCUGUCUCCCCAUCUGACGAAAAAGCAUGGGCGGAACUACAUCGUAACCGAUGAGAGAAGGGCAGUCGAAGAGCUGCUGGAGUCUCUUGAGCUGGAAAAAAGCAGUUAUCACAUGGGCUUGAGCAGGGUGUUCUUCAGAGCAGGUGUUUUGGCUAAGUUAGAGGAAAACCGAGAUAUCCAGACCAGAUGCAACAUCACCCUGUUUCAGGCUGCAUGCAGGGGCUACCUGGCCCGACAGGCCUUCAAGAAGCGGAAGGAGGAAAUUCAGCAACUCAAGUUGAAGCUGGAAAAAGUGGAGAAGGAGAGGAAUGAGUUGAGACUCAAUAGUGACCGACUGGAAAGCAAGAUCUCAGAACUGUCAUCAGAGCUUGCAGAUGAGCGCAACACGGGCGAAUCUGCCUCGCAACUUCUGGAGUCCGAGACCUCGGAGAGACUGAGGCUAGAGAAAGACAUGAAGGAUCUACAGGCCAAGUUUGAUGCCAUGAAGAAGCAGAUGGAGUCUAUGGAGAUGGAGGUGAUGGAGGCACGACUCAUACGCGCAUCAGAGCUCAACGGGGAAAUGGAUGACGAUGACACAGGAGGAGAAUGGAGGCUCAAGUAUGAGAGAGCCAUCAGAGAGAUCGAGUUUACCAAGAAGAGACUCCAGCAAGAGUUUGAUGACAAACUGGAGGUGGAGCAGCAAAACAAGAGGCAGCUGGAGAGAAAGCUGACAGACCUGCAGGCGGACAAUGAAGAGGUGCAGCGCGUGUCGCAGCAGCUGAAGAAGAAAUGCCAGAGACUGACAGCCGAGCUGCAGGAUACCAAACUGCACCUAGAGGGGCAGCAGAGCCGCAACCACGACCUGGAGAAGAAACAGCGCAAGUUUGACUCGGAGCAGACUCAGUCUCAGGAGGAGGUGCAGAGAGAGAAGAGUCUGCGAGAGAAACUGAGCAGAGAGAAAGACAUGCUGACCGGGGAAGUGUUCAGCCUUAGACAACAACUGGAGGAUAAGGAUCUGGAGAUAUGUGCUGUCAAUCUGAAGCUCGAGCAAAUGGAGGCUGAGCUUCAAGAUCUGAACUCACAGGAGUCAAAGGACGAGGCGUCAUUGGCCAAGGUUAAAAAGCAGCUUCGUGACCUUGAGGCAAAGGUCAAAGAUCAAGAAGAAGAACUUGAUGAGCAGGCUGGAACCAUUCAGAUGCUGGAGCAGGCCAAGCUCCGUCUGGAGAUGGAGAUGGAGAGACUGAGACAGACACAUUCGAAAGAGAUUGAGAGCAAAGACGACGAGGUGGAGGAGAUCAGACAGUCCUGCAGCAAGAAGCUCAAGCAAAUGGAGGUGCAGCUGGAGGAGGAGUAUGAAGAGAAGCAGAAGGUCUUGCGUGAGAGGAGAGACCUGGAAGCCAAGCUGAUGAGCGCUCAAGACCAGGUGAGCCACAGAGAUGUGGAGACAGAAAAGCGUCUGAGAAAAGACCUUAAGCGCACAAAGGCCUUGCUGGCUGAUGCCCAGGUCAUGCUGGAUCACCUGAAGAACAACGCUCCCAGCAAGAGAGAGAUCGCUCAGCUCAAGAACCAGCUCGAGGAGUCAGAGUUCACUUGUGCUGCUGCAGUCAAAGCCCGAAAAUCAAUGGAAGUGGAGAUCGAGGACCUCCAUGUCCAAAUGGAUGACAUAUCUAAAUCCAAGCAGGCGCUUGAAGAGCAGCUGAGCCGUUUGCAGAGGGAGAAGAAUGACCUGCAGUCUCGCAUGGAGGAGGAUCAGGAGGACAUGAACGAACUCAUGAAGAAACACAAAGCCGCCGUUGCCCAGUCCACACAGAAUCUGGCCCAGAUCAGUGACCUGCAGGCCCAGCUGGAGGAGGCCAUGAAGGAGAAACAGGACGUCCAGGAGAAGCUCACAGCCCUGCAGAGUCAGCUAGAGUUCCAAGAGCAGUCCAUGGUGGACAAGUCUCUGGUCAGCCGGCAGGAGGCCAAGAUCCGUGAGCUGGAGACCAAGAUGGAGUUUGAGAAGACACAGGUCAAACGCUUGGAGAGUCUUGUAGCGAGGCUGAAAGAGAAUCUCGAGAAGUUGACUGAGGAACGAGACCAACGCAGUGCCAGCGAGAACCGGGAGAAAGAGCAGAACAAGCGUCUCCUGAGGCAGAUCCGAGACAUCAAGGAGGAGAUGGCCGAGCUGGCCAAGAAGGAAGCGGAAGCCAGCCGCAAGAAACACGAGCUGGAAAUGGAUAUUGAGAGUUUGGAAGCAGCCAACCAGAGUCUCCAGGCAGAUCUCAAGCUGGCCUUCAAGAGGAUCGGCGACCUCCAGGCUGCUAUUGAGGAUGAGAUGGAGAGUGAUGACAAUGAGGAUCUCAUCAACAGUUUACAAGACAUGGUGACUAAGUAUCAGAAACGAAAGAACAAGAUCGAGGGAGCCUCUGAUACCGACUCUGAGGUGGAGGACCGUGUUGACGGGGUGAAGUCAUGGCUGUCCAAAAACAAGGGCUCUGCCAAGAACAUGUCAGAUGAUGGUAGUCUGAAGAGCUCAAGAUUUGCUGUAAAUGUUGACGGAAAGGAGGGAAAAGAGUGGGAAGAGGGUAAAGAAUGGAAAGACAGUGGCAAAGCCCACCCUCAGGUCGCAGACGCUUCUGCCAUGACAGAUCUGACGAGGAAGAGGAAGAAGAAAAAGAGGAAGGGAGCGCGGGCCGAAGCACCUACCGCUCCCGCUACAAACACAGCAGCUACCUGAAUGACAGCGAUGGCGAGACCACCGCAUAGCCGCACCCCACGGACACAUUCACAUGCACUCACAUCCUCAGAAAGGAGGACUUUUGAGUUUAUAUCAGUGUCUUCCUUGAACUCGGAUCCAGAUGAGAGGAUUUCAGCGAGAGUGGAGCAUGAUGGGACGCACUCUGGCAAAGAUAUGCCCCUCGUUUCUUUUGACUUGUUAUUAGUAUUAUUAUUUCACAUGUGCUUUGUGUUUAGAGCUUUAAAGGGUUUGUACAGCAUCAUGAAUCACAGCACUGUUGACUCUUUCCUCUUUGUGUGCUUUUACUUCUGACGUUCUUCCUCUUCCUUUCUAAAUAAGCAGGGACUUUACCAAACGCUGUGCUUGCAUUCUUACUCCGGUCAGAUUCAGUAAUGGAUAUUGCUUGGGGCAACACGCUACAGCCUCUUGCAUGGUCAGUCCUGAGCCAAAGACACAUGGCAUUGUGCAAACGUGAAAUCUCUGGAUUUUUCUGUUGUGCUAGAUUUAAAAGAAAAGAAAGCCAAGAGAAAAAGGCAAAGAAAAUAUUGUAUUACCAAAAAAAACUUUGUUUUAGGUAUGUGAGCAAAUUAGUUUUUCAUUCUUGACAGUCGAGGUGGGGCUGAUUUAAGAUCUCCACAACUGUUGUUUUCACAAACCUGCUUGUAUCGUUCUCUCUCCACCUCUUCACUUUC